AUGGUUAUUACAGCACGAAUAAGGGCUUUGGUAGCUGGUGAACAAAGGCGGAAACCGGCAGCACUUGAUGAAUCUACUGGUCAAGAAGCUGUUUACGGAAACGAAAAGUUCAUCGAAAGAGCCGAAAAACCGUCACUCAAUGGUGUUGGUGGACAAAAUUCAAGUCCUUCGAACGAUAUAUUUCCUUCACAAUCGAGCAAAGCAGCUACUGCUGGGACAGCGUUCAUUGUAGAACCAAAAAUACCACUGAACCAAUUAUUGGUAAUGCGACAGAACAGCAACGAAUCAACUGGAAGUAUGCUGAGGCGUCGACGUACUCUCGGUGAACGUCUUUUUUCACCGAGGCAUACUCAGUGCAAGGAAAGAGUCGGUGGUCGAUUGGGACGCCUGCAGUUUGGCAUUCGACAUUUGAAAGAGUCAAGCAAAUUAAUUGUUCGAGUGAUACGCGUAGCAGGUCUUCAGCCAAUUGAUACUCAAGGUUCGGCAGACCCAUAUGUUACUGUGACACUGACAGAAAGCUCAUUUGCUGGAGGCGAGAAACGAAAAACUUCGAUAAUUGAAAGAUGCUUGGAUCCAGUUUUCGAUAGCGAGUUGGCUGAGGUAAAGCUGGAUAAAGUGGACAUUUCGGAAGAGUUCUGCAACUUAUGGUAUGAUCUCGAAUUAGCAAACUAG